GCGGGAUCACGUGGACUGACGGGGGGUCGCAAGUCGCCGGCAAAAAUUACUGCUGAGUACCACACAACCCAACCACCCACCCCAUCAACCUCCCCUGCGGCCAUCACGUCGACGAGCACGAGCGAAUUAGUAAAAUCAGGCGAACCUCCCUGAUCUCCAUCUCCAACCCCGCCGCGAACCCGAAACCCGCCUCUCCCUCACUCACACACAACACAUCGCCUCGCAAAGAUGGCCGACGUCCAGGAGCGCCUCAAGAAGCUCGGUGCUUCCUCCCGUAUCGGAGGAAAGGGUACCCCGCGCCGGAAGAUGAAGAGGGCCCCCCAGCGGUCUGCCACCGACGACAAGAAGCUCCAGCAGGCCCUCAAGAAGCUCAAUGUCCAGCCCAUCCAGGCCAUUGAGGAGGUCAACAUGUUCAAGAGCGACGGAAACGUCAUCCACUUCGCCGCACCAAAGGUGCACGCCGCCGUUCCCGCAAACACCUUCGCCAUCUACGGAAACGGUGAGGACAAGGAGCUCACCGAGCUCGUCCCCGGCAUCCUGAACCAGCUCGGCCCCGACUCCCUGGCCUCCCUCCGCAAGCUGGCCGAGUCCUACCAGAGCAUGCAGCAGAAGGAAGGUGACAAGGAGGCCGACGACGACGAGAUCCCCGACCUGGUGGCCGGCGAGAGCUUCGAGGGCGAGUCCAAGGUCGAGUAGGCGUCCCGUCCGGCAGGGGCAUAAAACACGCUGCUGGGGUAGGAUGAUGGGCCCCAAAGCUACCCAAGGGGCCUGCUGAGGAACGAGCAAGGAACCCUGCACUGCUGUUGAUAUAUGGACGUGAGGAUUCCACGGCGACUCGGUCUGACGAGCGCCGGCGGUGGGAAGAUGAAUCGCUGCGAAUCCCGCGAGAAAGCAUUAUCCUGUUUUAUAAUGAAUACGGCCAGGGUCAAAGGGAACGGCAGAUCAUGAGCUUCGUGAUACAACCCUAGCAUUUGGGAUAACCGAUCAAAAAUGAAUGAAAUGAACCCAGUCAGGUACUCAUGCUUGAGAUGCCAUGCCCAUAGCCCCGGGACGCCUGUCCGGACCACACUUGGAGUAAGACAUGCUAGCCGAGGCAGUGAGCCUGCGGACGGGUGUUAGGGACAUCAGCGAGGUAGUUGGGUAGUCGCCGUGGAAGCGACAUCCACAAAGCCGAUUGCGCAAUCACUAGUGAGCAUAUUCACAAGGAGUCAAGCCCAGAGUCCGCAGUCCACAACCUUAUGUUUAAAUGAAUACUGUCUGGCAGUUUCGGAGUAGGAAAAGGG